UGCCUUUGUCCAGAACCAUUUAUGACAUACUCGCGUGUUGUCACUCUUUUCAUGUCUUUUUUUACAUACCUACAUACUUAUAAAUAACGUUCUUUUGAAGCAGAUAUUUCUACAUCGCUUCAACGUUUUCUAAAUCUGUGUUACAGUGUUUUUAAGGACUAAAUUUUAUAUCUCGGAACACAAGACAGAUCCAUCUCAUAUCAACGGACUCUUUUUUCAGGUCAUCUGUAAUUCAAGAAAUACAAGGAUGAUGCGAAACUCAUACGUUUUACUGAUGAUAUUGACUGCAUAUACAGCAUAUUCUUCCGGAGUUAUGAUCUCUUACGAAAAUACUACUGUUCUCCAUUACACUCCAAAAGAAAACAUCUCUAUUACCUGUACUGGAACAGGCGAAGACACAGUCAAAUGGAUACGUUAUGAUAUAGUGAAAGGUAAGGGUAAUUACACCAUAAAUACACAGACUCCAUAUAGAAAACUCCUUGAAAUACGAAACGCUUCAGUUUUUCAUUCUGGAAUGUACUACUGCGUUUCAACAAAGGACGGCGAUAAUUACAUGUGGAUUUAUCUCUUACCUGAGUAUCCCGCUUUUAAAAAUACCAUACCGGGCAAAGUUUAUGUAACUUCACUUUCACACCCAGAGAAAGGUCGUUGGAUGAAUGAAUACGGUGAUUAUGAAUAAACAACUUCAACGAAUCAAAAACAAUGACAUCAUUGCAUUUAAUAUACCUUGGUAGGUCUAAUGAUAAGAAUUUGAGUGUAAGGUGCAUCAUUAUUUGUAUCAAUUUACUUGACUAAUAAAACAAUAAAGAAUCUGCAUGUAA